GUAAAGCGGCUCUGACAGUUUGUUGAUGUAAUGCCUAGCUGUUAUGGUGUUCGAGUAGAAAGUAUUAAAUAUACAUCGUUUUAUUAUAGCUAUCGAAUAUCAAAGUAUCUUCUUAGCUCAGUUUGAGUCGCUGGGUCUGAAUUAUCAAAGCAGUUUUUCACCAUUAGCUUGUUAAGUAACGUUGUUUAGUCAGGUUAGCUUGAGCACAGGGGGUAAAGUAAGCCACCUGCUUUUGCUUUCACUUUCCAGGAAGUCUUUCUGGAUAUUCUGUCAGAUAUAUAGUUAGCAGAUACCCCCGUAGUGCCGGGAUGCUCCUCGUGGUCCUGGUUGUCAGCCUGUUUCUGUCUGGCUCGGCACAGGAGGCGGACAACGACUGGAUAGACCCGUUUGAUAUGCUCAACUACGAUGCAAGCACAAAAACGAUGAGGCAGCCUGCAGAGCCUACAAACUAUGAAAAUGUGCCAACCAAGAGGAGAGAGUUUACUCAGGACUCCAACCAGGAGGAGCUGACGUCGUGCAAUACACAAGUGGUGGAUCUGAAGAGAGAGAUUGAAGAACUGAAGAAGAAAAUAUCGGUCAUCUCACAGCAGCCUACAUGCAAUCCAGUUUUCAAACGAUUCCUCACUAGACUCCGGAAGGAAAUACUAAGAGUUGGUCUGCCCAGUGACUCAGCAGAAGUCUUUUAUGAUGCCAAAAUCAGAAUGUCCACCCAAGCCAUGACAGAGAUUCAGGCUCUCCUGGAGGGCGAGGACAGCUGGAGAACCGGCGCUCUGGACAACGCCAUCAGUCAGAUACUGGUCGAUCUCAGACCACAUGACUACGAGGCAUGGACGUGGCAUUUUGAAGACAGCUUUGGCGUGGAGCUUGACACAGUAUUAAAAAUGGGCCUCUGUGUGCUGGUGAUGGUGGCCAUCAUAUGCACUCAGCUGUGGUCCACGGUGUCCUGGUUUGUUCAGUUCAGGCGGCUGUUCGCUGUCUGCUUCCUCGUCAGUAUUGUCUGGAACUGGCUCUAUCUGUACAAGAUUGCCUUUGCUGACCACCAAAGAAACCAAGUGAAGAUGGAGAACUAUGAAAAGUGCACUGGAAUUAAGAAAUUUGACUGGAGUGACAGCUUGAAAGAGUUCUUCAGAAGCACCUUGACUCUUCAAGAUGACCCCUGUAAGAAAUACUAUGAAGUCCUUCUGGUCAACCCCAUUCUGCUGGUACCUCCAACCAAGGCGAUCGCAGUUACCAUCACGACCUUGAUCACGGAGCCGCUGAAGCACAUCGGGCAGGGUAUCAGUGAGUUUCUUGUUGCCCUCCUCAAAGAUCUACCGAUUACCCUGCAGAUCCCAGUUCUCCUCACCAUCGUGCUUGCCAUUGUGGUAUGCAUGUAUGGAAGUGUGCAGGCAGCCUUCCAGUAUGGCAUCGCUGCUCCUUUCCGCCGACCUCGCAGGGAUCCCCCUCCUCCACAGCUGGAGCAGCAGCAGCAGCCUCGAAUCCAGCAGAUCGAGGGCGGGGACUACUUGGCAGGCGGGGACUACUUAGCGGGCGGGGACGCACCACAACCUGCCCUGAGGCUCCGAGCAGCUCCCGCUAAUGGUGGAGGGAACCAGGUUGGUCAGAGACAGAGUGAGGAGCCAGCCAUAGAGGUUGUGGAAACACUUCACGCAGCCGAGCCCCCCGACAGCGAGGACGAGGCAGAUACUGCGCAGAGUGAGCCGGAGCGGAUUGUCUCUGCUGAGUCAGAAAACCAGACGGAGACACAAGAGAUGGAAGGAGAGAGUGCUAGCAAUGCUGCUGCUAACACGACCAAAACUGAAUCUAAACCCGCUGAAUCUCCAGCGAAAUCUAAACCUCUGAGAGGGAAGGAAAUACCUCCUCCAGAGAAACUCAGCAAAGACAGUGCGGCAGCUCGCUCUCAGCCAGAAGGAAGGCAGCGUGCACAGACUGAUGUCCAGCAGGACCUGCAGGCUCCAGCAGAGGACAGGACCCCCUCUGUCUCGCUGCUGCACGUUGAAACCGUCGGAGUUCCUGUUCAAGAGACGUCUCCAACACGAGCGGAGUAGGCAGCUUCUGAGCAGGAGGAUUAGCGUCUUCAGUGUUUGGUGCUUUUUGUUGGACUGUGAUGCAAAGGACAGUUACAACGUACAGGCAUUGUUAAAAUGUGCAUGCACAACAUUUCAAAGGUUCAAUCAGGGAGCCAGUCCAGUGUUGCCAACUAACUUUAUAUUUCUGCCGUGCAGCCAAAGGAAGGUAUCUUUCCCUGAGUGUAGAUACCAAUGCUGAUUGAUGAAUCUGUUCAUUAUUUCAGGGUUAUUUUUGCUUCUGCUGUAUUUCCUCUUAAGCUUAAUAUUGUAUCAAUUACACAGCAGCUAGACUUAAACAGCUAUCAGGGAAACGGAUUUGUUGAAAGUCAGUAUUGUUGACUUGAUCUGAUGUGUCAGUCUUACCCAUGAUCAGGAAUCAGGUUCUUACAAACUAGGUUUUCUUAGUUUCACUGUAAUGAUAACACAGACUGUUUUGAUUAUUACAAUGAACACUUGAAAUAUAAAUGUAGACUUUGGAAUUUAUAAGGGAGGAAAAAUAUUUCCGAGUGCUGUUUUCACCAAAUUAUAUUUUUGUGAUUUUUUAUGUUUUGUAUGAGGGCUUAAAAGGUAAUGUUGAAGUACAUUUGUAUGGGCAGCAGUGCUAAUUUACUAAAAGUGGUAAUUAUGAAUUUCAUAAAUUCCUAAACCAAAGUCUACAUUACAAAAUCAUUGAUAUAAAUUAUUUAAUCAAUAAAAAAUGGAAUAGUCAGGUAAGUAUACUGUCACAACAGGAAAUGGGCAGCAAUACUUAAGCAGUCUGUCUCAGCAGAUUGUUUAGGCUUUCAGGCUCAAAGCUUUCAUUUACUCGUUUCAUUGUAGACUAGAAUUUGCUGGACACAAACACGACUGUAAAUGAAUGAUAAUGUGGCUACAUGUCUGUUGACUAUGCUCAAAUAUUUUCUACAUUAACUUUAUAAGGUGAUCAUAUAUCCAUGUUGUGGGGGCAGUUUAUUGUCACUGCCCCCAAAUGGCCAAAGAAAAAAAAACUGUAAAUAAAAUGAACCCCUUUAGAAAUAAA